AUGGCAGCUCAACAAUCAGAUAAUGUUGCUCAUGCUCUGUCCGGUGCUGGUGGGGGCAUUCUCUCCAUGGCUCUUACCUAUCCUCUCAUUACGCUUUCCACGCGCGCACAAGUCGAAUCAAAACGCGCUGAUUCGGGAUUCCUUGACGCUGUAAAGCACAUCAUCGAGCGUGAGGGUAUUACAGGUCUUUAUGCCGGACUCGAUUCAGCACUAUUUGGAAUCAGUGUUACGAACUUUGUAUAUUACUACUGGUAUGAAUGGACUCGUUCGGGAUUCGAGAAGGCGGCACUCAAGGCUGGCCGAGCUUCAAAAAAGCUUACAACAAUCGAAUCGAUGAUCGCAGGAGCAAUCGCAGGCUCAGCAACAGUCUUGCUCACAAAUCCUAUUUGGGUAGUCAAUACACGAAUGACUACACGAAAGAGAAACAAGGAGGGUGAGGGCUUUUUGCCUGGGGCUAAGGCAUCAAAGGCACCGACAACAGUUGGCACAUUGCUUGCACUCAUCAAAGAAGAAGGUCCACUAGCGCUUUUCUCUGGAGUCGUGCCUGCCUUGGUGCUUGUUAUCAACCCCAUAUUACAAUAUACAAUUUUCGAACAGUUGAAGAAUGCAAUCGAGAAGAAGAAGAGAAUCACCCCAACAAUGGCAUUCCUUCUAGGUGCCUUAGGAAAGCUAUUUGCUACUUCAAUAACAUACCCUUAUAUCACAGUCAAGAGUCGCAUGCACGUUGCCGGAAGAGACGGAGGAAAGGAAAGUAUGAUUCAGGGUAUGAGACGUAUUUUGAAGGAAGAGGGCUACGCUGGAUUCUACAAAGGAAUUGCUCCCAAAGUCUCCCAAAGUGUUAUGACUGCUGCAUUUUUGUUCGCCUUUAAGGAUGUUUUGUAUGAACAAACCAUCAGACUAAGGAGAAACCUUCCUGCCAAAGUGGCCGUGAAGUAA